UCUAUCGAUACUCGACUGGUCUGGUCUGUGCGUGAUGACGGCAUAGCAUACAUUGGAACCAAGCAAAGAAUGAGCAGCUAACCCGAACUAGAUCAGUCUUCCAACAUAGUGGGAAUUUCUACACUCAAACUCCAAAAUACAGCUUAAAACUGAUCUCAGAACAACGUUAUCGAAGGAACAUCAAGCGAAAGUCACGAGGUAUACUUCUAGUUCAGGUUGGACAGAUACGCGCUGGCCUGUUAGUUUCCUAGCUAGCCUUUCUACUGUACCUGGUCAUCUAACUGAACUAUAUCAGUCUUGACAUUGACUUCAUUGCUGCUGUUGCCACGUGAGCAGGACAAUAUGAGUGGAAAGAGGGAAACAUUGAUGGAUGAAAUGGAACAGAGUUUAUACACUUUAACCAACGACAAUUUACGCUGCCUGUGUGAACGCAGUGGAAUAGGUGGCAAGGAUGGCUCUGAUGUUCAAGGAAAGAAUCACCAUCACUCAUUGUGCCGUAAAAUCCUGGAGGAACUUUGGGAAAAUGCAGAUUCAAUGGAAUCGGAGGAGCAGGGAAUGUCUUGGUUACUCCAACUGAAAGAGGACAUCAGGAAGAUACAGGAGGAGGGUAUCGGUGCACCUUUGAGUCCCAGCCAAUCCAUUGAUGAUGAUGCUGUAGACUGUGAUGAAGACGAGAACCAGAAGGACAUGGAUUGGUUACCUAGCAAAAGGCUGGAGGGGGAACCCAUGAAUCACAACCAAUCCUUUGAUGACGAAGUUGCAGACUGCGAUGAAGAAUGGGAUGAGGAGGACAGGGAUUUGUUGCCUAGCAAAGGGCUGGAGGCGGAAUCAGCUCCAGAGAGACACACACCAGAACAGAAGGAGAAGAGAGUGAGUGGGUCCCCCUCUCUGUCCUCUCCUGGUAAUGCCUUACUGCUGGGUCUGAAGAGAGUGAGUGGGGCCCCCUCUCUGUCCUCUCCUGGUAAUGCCUUACUGCUGGGUCUGAAGAGAGUGAGUGGGGCCCCCUCUUUGUCCUCUCCUGGUAAUGCCUUACUGCUGGGUCUGAAGAGGGUGUCUGUGCGGCUGGUCGACUGCAGGAAAACACCAGGGUUGAGAGGAACUGCUGGAGGAGGAGACGAGGAGGAGGAAGGAGACGUGAUUCAUCAAAGAAAAAGACGUGGCUAUUGUGGAUCCUCUGGGGAGCCCCAAGAACAACAUCAUCAUCAUGAUGCUGAUGACCCAGACUGGAGUCUCACCGAAUCAAAACACGCCAACAAACAACCGCAGAGACUUACAGGGAAGAAACAUCACUACUGCUGCACUCAGUGUGGGAAGAGUUUAGCUGGUUCAGCGCAACUUAAAAUGCACCAGAGAAUCCAUACAGGAGAGAAACCUUACCGCUGCUCACAGUGUGGAAAAAGUUUCAGUCUAAAAGGUAAUCUUAAAAUGCACCAGAAAACACAUACAGGUGAAAAAAUUCACCACUGCUCUGACUGCGGGAAAAGUUUUGCACAAAACGCCACUUUAAAAGCACACAAGCAAACACACAAGCCUGCCGUAGAAAGGCCUUACCAAUGUUCCUUCUGCGAGAAGACAUUUUGUAUUUUGGCAACCUUUAAUUUCCAUAUGAAAAUGCACACCGAAGAGAAACCGUUCCAAUGUUCUGACUGCGGAAUGCGGUUCAUUCAUUUCAGUUUACUGAAAGCACAUGAACAUAAACACAAGCCCUCCGCCGAAAGGCCCUUCCGCUGCUCUGAAUGUGGGGUGUGUUUUACUACAAAAGGUAAUCUUAAAUUUCACCAGCUGACGCACAACCGGGGAGAGAGACCUUACCGCUGCUCUGAGUGUGGGAACUGUUUCUCUCAUCCGGUGUAUCUGAAGAAUCACCAGAAAAGGCACAGUAAAGAGAAGUCUAUUGUCUGCGACCUGUGUGGAAAGACCUUCAACCAUCCUGACGACUUCAGAAUUCACAUGAAGAUACACCGAGGAGUGAAACUGUACAACUGCUCCGACUGCGGCAGCAGCUUCAUAUUCCGCCGCCGUUUAAUAACACACCAGCGUGUGCAUACUGGAGAGAUGCCUUAUGUCUGCAAUCACUGUGGGAGGAGGUUUUCGCUGUCUCGUACUCUGGUGAAUCACCAGCGAACGCACACUGGGGAAAAACCUUACCACUGUUCUUUCUGCGGGAAGAGCUUCAGUCGGUCACAAAACCUGGCUGCACACAAGAGAACUCAUACUGGAGAGAAGCCUCAUGCUUGUGAUCAGUGUGGGAAGAGGUUUUCCCGAACCGACGCACUGGCUGUACACAAACGCACCCACACCGGAGAGAAGCCUUACAGCUGUGAUAUAUGCGGGGAGAGGUUCACGUAUUUAGUAGCCAUGUUGAAACAUAAGAAAGGACAUGGACAUCCUGCCGAUGCACUCUAUGCUGAACAGCCUUAGAAUGAUCGAAGCUCUAUGAAGAGACUUUAUUGUCCAUUGUUUAACUUUUAGACUAAAGGGAUUUGUCUUUUUGCUUAUAAUCUACCUCUAGAGAGAGAAAGGGACACAAGCACACAUGGUGGCAGGUAGCCUAGCGGUUAGAGCUUAGGGCCUGUAACCGAAAAGUCACUUGUUCUAAUCCUCGAGCCGACGAGGCAAAAAAAUGUGUUGCUGUGCCAUUGAGCAAGGCACCUAACCCUAAUUGCUCCUGGGUUGCCGUUGAUAAUGGCUGACCCUGGCCGCGACUCCACUCUCUGAUGGCGUCUCAGGGGGAGUUGGGAUAUGCAAAAAAACAAAUGACCAAUUCACACGCGUGUAUAUAAGACACACUUGUACAUGUGUGAAAUAAGGACAAUAUAAACAUCAAGUUAUUAUUAUUAUUAUUGUUGUUGCAGACACACACACAUGGGUUGGGAGCAGAGGGUCCGUAGCUUUGUAUUUGAGGUUACGUUUGCUCAGCCCCGUCCCACAGCUGCCAUUGGACUGAAACACAAAGCCAGGAUUGUGGUUUUAAACUGCCUGAAAUUACAUACAUUCAGUAUCUGACAGGGAGACCUAACCUCUGCUCUCCUAGUCCUGGGGUGGAGUUUCCCAUAGCUACAGAUCUAUAUAGGAUCAGCUUCUUCUCCACAAAUCCUAGCCUUAAAGCCUCUGUCAGUCUUUGUAAUUUUACACUAUGAGGUCGAAAUAACACUCUGAAAUUGUGAAAA